GAUUGUAACUUCAGUUUGAAGCAUCCACUUAUUACAUAUACCAAGGACUGCUUUUGCGCUCUCCACCUAUAUGCACACAGAUUCCAUUUCUCAAUUGAAACUAAAGAUUUACUGCUAAUAUCGCCUAUACAUUUCAAGUCAUGGGAGUUGGAGCGGCAGAGAAACCUCUUAUUAAGAGGCGUUUCAGGAAAAUGGCGAACGUUAUAAUUUUCCUCGUUAGAAAGUGUAUGGUGAAGCGCAGGUGUUCGCACGAAGAAUUUACGAAGACGGGAAAGCUGUUGGCAAAUAAUUGGAGGAAUAUGAUGCUUCAGAGCGGAUCGAAUGGGCCAUUUGGUCUGAGAGAAUACGAAUUCUCAUGCUCCAACAGCCCUGCAUUCACAAACAAGCUCACAAGACCAAGGCAAGUACGCAAUUUCUUUUCCUGCGCACGUACCACUACUUUUGAGGCUGAGGAAGAAUACAAUAUGAGAGUAGACAUUCUGCAGCCUUGCAAUUUUCCUGCAGUCGAAGAGGGUGCCAGUCAGACAUACGAUCUGGGCGAUGGAGAAGAGUUGGGUACUCCUGUGUCCCGCUCAAUUAACGUCAGAGUGGACAGAGAAGCGGAGGAUUUCAUUGCAAGAUUUCACAGCCAAAUUAAAUUUCAACGCCAGAUCUCUUUGUUAGAGUACGAGGAGAUGCUUGCUCGAGGUGCCUGAUGCGGACAUGUUCCAUUUAUUUCAUUUUUGGCAAUAGUCGUGAUGUACAUUAGCUUAGCUAGAAGAGUAAACAUGUAUUCAAAUGCAUUUGGAGAUUAUUAUUUUAUUGCCGUCGGAUUUUGAGGAGAGAGUUUCUCAUUGAUUGUAUAUGGAUGUCCACAUCAGUAAAAAAAUUUUGUUUGUGCAA